AUGGCAGCGUCAUCCGCAGGUGGUGGCUCGGCAGGCGGUGGCUCGGCAAGCGCCCUGUCGGUGGCCUAUGUCGACGACGGCGCGGCCAAGGUCGUCCACAUGGUCUCCAGGUAUCUGGUGGGAGAGGUACUUGGUGAAGGCUCGUUUGGCAAGGUCCGUGAGGCGUACGACACUGUCUCACUGCGGAGAGUUGCCAUCAAGGAGGUCAAGAAGCGGAGGCUCAAGCGGAGGUUCGGUGGCAAUGCUGACGUCGGUGCCGCGCGCGUCCGCAGGGAGAUCGAGGUCAUGAAGCACCUCGGCUCGCAUCCGCAUGCUGUUGCCCUGUACGAGGUGCUGGAGGACGAGAAGAAUGCUAAGCUGUAUAUGGUGCUCGAGUAUGUGCCUGGUGGCACCCUCCGCGAGCUCCUUGCCCAUCGCCGCGCCGCCUCAAAGUCGUCAUCGCGGAGACGUCGCAAGCGCCGCUCACGGAGGCGCCCGGCUCGCGCCCUGGAUGGCGGCCUCACCCUGUUUGAGAUCCAGGCAUAUCUCCGCCAGCUCGUUCGCGGCCUCGAGUACAUCCACCGCUCGGGCGUCAUCCACCGCGACAUCAAGCCGUCGAACAUCAUGGUCGCCCUCGAUGGCACCAUCAAGAUCUCAGACUUUGGCGUUGCCCAGAUGCUCGACGUGUACUCGGAGAACGACUACAUCUCGUCCUCGCUCGGCUCGCCGGCCUUCCAACCACCAGAGGUUGCCCGUGGCGUCGAGUCGUUCUCGGGCUUCAAGUCGGACGUCUGGGCCCUCGGCGUCACCCUCUACAACAUGGUCACCGGCGAGUACCCGUUCACUGGCCGCUCCCACUACCACCUGCUCGAGAACAUCGCCGCCGGCGAGUAUCGCAUGCCUACAGGCAUGGACCCGCUGCUCCGCGACGUGCUCGGCGGCAUGCUCGAACCCGAGCCUGAGCGCAGGUAUUCCAUCUUUGCUCUCAAGCACCACCCGUUCCUCAAGCUCGACGUCUCGCCGCUGUCGUGGACGCUGCCGCUUGAUGCGCCGCACUCGCCGCCCAAAGCCUCCGAGUCGCACGAAGCCACUGCGUCAAGCACCCCGCGGAGCGGGCUUCCCGGCCGCGCACGCACUGGCUCCGCAGCCGCAGCUUCCCCGCGCCCAGCAUCCGGCCGGCCCCACAAUCCCGCUGUUGCUGUCGUCCGCAACGCCGACGGCCCCGCUGAGGGGCGUUUGGCGCCCGCGGCCCGCACGCCCGACCCGCCGUCGAUGCACCGCCGCCUGGCUCGCUCGUCACGCUCGUACUCGUCGCCGGCGCUUGGCCUGGCGCCCGGCGGCGCCCUGCCCGGCGACCCGGAUGGCGCUGGCGGCCGCGGCACCGUCUCUGGCGACCGGCAGUCGCAGUCGUCGUCGCUCUCGGACGAUGACGACGCAUCCUGCUCCGAGCCUGCCGGAGCCGCCGCUGCUUCCACCGCCGCCGGCCCGUGCCUCGGCUGGCCUCACCUCUACAAGCAGCAGGAGACCGAGUCAUCCGUCCUCCCCGCGCUUCAGGUUCUGUACGAGGAUGUGACCGCCGAGCGCGAUCUGGUCCUCGCCGCCGGCGACCAGCAGGUUGUCAUGGACCUGUUUAAGGUCAACCCGCGUGUGACCGCCGUUGACCCACACCAGCACAACGAGCAGACCAUGUACACGCUGCCGAUGGCCGCGCUCCGCAUCCGCACUUCGGCCGGCGACGCCGCGUCGUCGUCGAUGUCGCGCUCGGAGCUCUCGUCGGAAAUGUCCACCCUGCACUCGACAUUUACCGCCUCAUUUGACACCGAGUACUCGUGGCUGCGGUCGUCGUCGUCGCGCCCGCGCGCCGGCGAGCGCCGCAAGUACCUCCCACCGGAGGAGGACGAUGACGUCAUCGUCGCCACCGCCGCCGCACACGCCGCUGCCGCCCAGGCCCAGGCCCAGGCCCAGUCGUCGAAAAAGUCGCGCUGCGUCGUCUCGUAGCAGCCGUGUGCCUUUGCACGCCGCACUGUAGCCUGGCAUUGGCCCGUAGUCACGCCUCGCCAUCGAGUGAAUCUAGCGAGACGUCCACCAGCG